AUGACUAAAGCAGCUGUCGAUGCACCUGUGCUUCAGGACGUGGAGAAAAAUGGUGUCUCCAGCCGCGCGAGUUCGUUCGCCCAGCAAGACUGGCACCACUCGUACAAAUGGUCGAGGAAACUAUUGCAGUGGGGACUAGAGGCCAGAGGUAUCACCCCCGUGCCCCUCGAAGAAAGAGUGGACACACAGCACAAUAAGAUAUUCUUCAUCUGGCUAUCGGCCAAUUUCAACAUUCUCUCUUUCUCUGCAGGCACGCUGGGUCCAGUCGUGUUUGGUUUGGGCCUUAGAGAGUCUUGCUUGGUCAUUCUCUUCUUCAACCUGCUAUGCAGUGCACUCCCGGCAUAUCUUUCUACCUGGGGACCAAAACUCGGUCUACGCCAAAUGUGCCAGGCCCGAUACAGCUUUGGUUACUACGGUGUAAUCAUACCAAGUUUCUUCAACCUGUGUUCAAUGUUGGGCUUCUGUAUCCUGAACUGCAUCCUCGGGGGACAAACAUUGGCGAGCAUAUCCAACGGCCAUCUAAGCUGGAGCGUCGGCAUCGUGGUGAUCGCACUUAUAUCGUUAUUCGUCUCGUUUUGCGGUUACAGUGUUGACUUGGUAGGCACCCUUUGCAGCUCAGAGUGGAAUGUGCUGCUCAAUUCUGACAACAGGUAUGAACGCCUUGCCUGGCUCCCGGUUCUCGUCGUUUACCUCGUCGCCCUGGGAGUCGAAGGCAAAUACCUCCGAAACCCACCACCGUCGGAGCCGGCAACUGCAGCAGCAGUUUUGUCGUUUGCAUCCACGAUUGCGGGCUUUGUGGUCACGUUCAGCACUCUGGCCUCGGACUUCACGAUCUACCUGAACCCGUCUGUGCCCAGCUGGAGGAUAUUCCUCUACUCGUACAUGGGCUUCAACAUCCCCAUCAUCCUCAUUCAGUGCCUCGGCGCAGCAGUUGCCGUCUCAGUCCCUUUCGUACCCGAAUGGGAGGCGGGCUACGCGAACGGGAACGUAGGCGGGCUCAUCGCAGCCAUGCUCCGGCCCACGGGCAACUUCGGGAAGUUCCUCACCGUGCUCAUGGCCCUGAGCGUGACCGCGAACAUCGCGCCCACGCUCUACUCCUUCUCCCUCAGCUUCCACGUGUUCGUGCCCCCGCUCGCCGUCGUCCCCCGCUACAUGUUCUCCCUCCUCGCAACCGCGGUCCUGAUCCCGGUCUCGGUCGCCGGCGCACACAAGUUCUACGACACGCUCACCAACUUCCUCGGGCUCAUCUCGUACUGGGCCAGCGCGUUCGGUGCGAUCGUGCUCGUCGAGCACCUCCUGUUCCGCCGUGGCGCCUUCGCCGCCUACGAUCUGCGCGACUGGCGGGAUGCGCGCCGGCUCCCGCCGGGGCUUGCGGCGCUCGGUGCGUGCGCGCUCGCGUGCGCGUUCAUCGUGCCGUCGAUCGACCAGGUCUGGUUCGUCGGGCCGUUUGCAAAGCGCGCGGGCGAUAUCGGGUUCGAAGUCGCGUUCGCCGCAGCGGGCGUGUUUUAUGUGCCCCUGCGGUACGUGGAGCUGAGGUUCAGGCCGAUGGUGUACUGCGGAGGGUGGGAGCGAGGGGCUGAGGGAACGCGGGAUGCGACACCUGGCCUUAGGGUGUGCACAUGCGUUAAAAUUGGCAGCCAGAACGAAGCAAUAGCAACGAGUCUGCGCGGCACAUCUAUUGGAAGAGCUGCCCCUGUGCAUAUGGGCCUGUUUGUACGGCCCUCUGUGGCAGUACGGUGA